GCACGUUUUCCUAGGGUGGGCAUUACAGUGUUCUGUGGGCAUGAAGAAUAACGAGCCGAAUUACACGAGAACUUACACGAUUCGCUUCUGAUUCGAAACGUCACCAUGUCAACCAUGUCCUUUGAAUGGCUUACUCAAUACCUAACGUUAGAAAACGUUUGCUUGGGCGUCAAUCUUGUCACGCUCAGUGUAAUCUACAAGGCGUACCGGUCUAAAUUGACAAAUUUCGAGGCAGUACAGACGGCUCGUCAGUUGGACAUCGACAAUAACUUAGCGUCGAAGUUGCUCGAAGAGUAUCCCAAUGCCACUGCCGUGCACGCUCUCAUCAGAGGCCAAGUCAAGGCCAUUGGCGAAAAUAUCAAAAGCAGGCACGUGCGCGGCGCUAAGGCGGUCAUCCAGGAGUGUUGCCUCACAGAGCACAAGAUCCAAUGGAGCCCCGUGUCUCGCUUCUGGUCACAGACUCAGCGGGAAAUACAUCGCAUCAUCAACUACGUGCCGUUCGCCCUUGCCUCAAAACACAGCAAGGUGAUGGUCGAGGUACUAGACCCCCAGGAGUGUGAAAACAUUCCGGUGAACUGCGUCUACGAAAACUUUAUCCCAAAUCGUGAAGGCUUGAGCGGCGUUUUCUUUGGCUGGCUGCGUGGAGAACAGACCAAAGGUAUCGAAGAGCAAGAAUUUCUUCUCGAAGAAGGCACCACCCUGACUGCAUUUGGCACAUUGACAGUCACGGACGAUGGUUCCGUCAAGCUAAUGCCACCAACCGACGGUGUCUGCUACUACCUUACGCAGCUAAGCCAUCCGGCACUCGUGUCCAAGCUGCGCUCGGAACUCGGCAUACUGCGCGUGGUUAGCUUCGUGCUUGGCUGUACGGCUCUAGGUCUGUCAUGCUACUUGGUGUUCAAGUGGUGGAAAGCGAGGCAGGCAUUGGCUCAGCAUAGGAAGGACUUGAUGCGCCGCGAGGAGGCACGGAAGGAGAGACGGAAGCUCAACCGGGAAACGCCUUCGGAGGCCCCGUGUUGCGUCAUCUGCCGCACAAACCCCGUAGAAGUGAUGAUCCUGGAGUGCGGCCACGUGUGUCUGUGCACUGACUGCUCGGAGUUGGUUUCUGGAAGCUGUCCCAUGUGUCGCUCGCCCAUCAAGCGAAUUGUAGCAGCGUUUCUUCCUUGAUUGAGGGGCAGCGGUGGACAUGCUUUUCGAUAAAGUACAUUGUCGGUGGCGUGUCGGUUCUGCGUCUCAACUUAUAGGCCAUGAACAUUGACGAACGCUCAGAAUUGUUUUCCUGUGGUAAUUGAUAUGCAGUCUGUUAGUGCUCAGGAAAGUGCUGCUGGAAAAAAAAAAAACAUGAACAAAUUCAUAACUGCAAAAUCAUUGUUUUUUGGAUUUAAAGUAAUUUUAGAUGUUUGGUCAUGCACUUUGUUCUUGUUCUUGUUUAGACUGGUUGAUACAUUUGAGCUAUAUGUCGAGAUUGAUUGAGUGUACUCAAAUUUACUGGCAGGUUUGUUGCGUGCAAUAAGGGCUUCCUACUGCUCAGCAAUCAGAAAAAAAUAUUUCCUUUAUGUAGAUGUAUCCACAAAUAAAGUUUAUGUACAGUUCAAUCAACAA